AUGGAUGUCAUUGACUUAGAAGACGAGACAAUUGAUGCUGAGGUACUUAACUCUAUGGCUGUCACAAACGAGGACUUUCAAGCUGCUCUGCAAGCUUCCAACCCAUCAGCCCCGCGUGAAACAGUUGUGGAGGUUCCGAAUGUUUCAUGGGACGAUAUUGGAGGAUUGGAAACUGUCAAAAGAGAGCUUCAAGAGACUGUGCAGUACCCAGUGGAGCACCUGGAAAAGUUUGAGAAGUUUGGAAUGUCACCUUCCAAAGGUGUUCUUUUCUAUGGUCCUACGGGUUGUGGUAAAACAUUGCUUGCAAAGGCGAUUGCUAAUGAAUGUCAAGCCAAUUUCAUCAGCGUCAAGGGACCAGAGUUGCUGACCAUGUGGUUUGGAGAAAGUGAGGCAAAUGUUAGGGAAAUUUUUGACAAGGCUCGUCAAUCAGCACCUUGUGUUCUAUUCUUCGACGAGCUUGACUCCAUCGCUACACAGCGUGGCAAUUCAUCUGGAGAUGCCGGAGGAGCUGCUGAUAGAGUGUUGAACCAAUUGUUGAUUGAGAUGGAUGGGAUGAACGCGAAGAAAACAGUUUUUGUCAUUGGAGCUACAAACAAGCCAGAUAUUAUUGACUCUGUGUUACUUAGACCUGGAAGGCUUGAUCAGUUGAUCUACAUCCCUCUUCCUGAUCAAGAUUCUCGCCUUCAAAUUUUCAAGUCUUGUUUGAGGAAAUCACCGGUUUCCAAGGAUGUUGACCUUGCUGCUCUCGCACACUAUACACAUGGUUUCAGUGGUGCAGACAUUACCGAAAUCUGCCAACGUGCUUGCAAAUAUGCAAUCAGGGAAAAUAUUGAGAAGGACACUGAGAAGGAGAAGAAGAGAACAGAGAACCCUGACUUUAUGGAUGAAAGUGAAGAGUCGUUAUCCGAGAUCAAGGCAGAACACUUCGAAGAGUCUAUGAAGUAUGCAUGCCGAAGUGUUAGUAAUACUGAUAUUCGAAAAUAUCAGUCUUUUGCUCAAAUCUUGCAGCAGUCUCUUGGAAUUGGUUCUGAAUUCCGCUUUGCUGCCAAUCAAAAUUCCAGUAGUACUACCUCUGCUGGUGCCGUGAACGAUGACGAUGAUUUAUAUUCUUAAACGUUAGAUUUUUUUUAUCAAUGACUAAUGCAAAGUUUUAGACAUGUAGAAGUAGAUUUAAUUUUUUUAUUUGUUGAUAAUGACAUUGAGCUUUAUUACCGUAAUUUUAUUGUACUUUUAUUAUUUGUUUUAUCUAUCUUAACUUUGAUUGAUUCAUAUACUACUUACAUUAAUAUGUAUUUUUAUUUUUGACUGAUACUCUUGUGAGUCUCAA